CUUGUUGUCGCUGUGAAGAUGAACGGAGCCAAGAGAAGGCGGCAAGAAGCCUCCCCUGUGCGGGAAGACGGGUACCUGUCACCGGAGAAGAGGGUGAAGUCCUAUCCUGGCAGCGGGGACUUCAGGGAGUGGGAUGUGGAGGAUGUGUGCGGUUUCCUGGCCAGCAGUGGCUUCCAGCAGCUGCAGGAGGUCUUCAGAGAACAUGGUAUACAAGGAAGACAUCUGCAAGAUCUCACAGAAGAGAACUUGAAAGAAUUUCAGAUCGGGACCGUAGCGGAAAGACUGGAUUUGCUCCGUUGUUUUCGUACACUCUUCCAAAAUUCAAUCAGUAUUAUGAAGGUAUUCAAUGAUCCAAUCCAUGGUCAUAUUGAGAUGCACCCCCUGCUAGUUCGGAUUAUAGACACUCCACAGUUCCAGCGUUUGCGGUAUAUCAGACAGCUUGGUGGCUGCUAUUAUGUGUUCCCGGGAGCCUCCCAUAACAGAUUUGAGCACUCUAUUGGUGUGGGUCACCUAGCAGGAUGCCUCGUAAAGGUGUUACACGAGCGCCAACCAGAACUACAGAUAAACCAGAGAGACCUGCUGUGUGUCCAGAUCGCAGGAUUGUGCCAUGAUUUGGGUCAUGGACCAUUUUCUCAUAUGUUUGAUGGGAGAUUUAUGCCUCUUGCUUGCCCAAAUAAAAAGUUUAAACAUGAAUCGGCUUCUGUGAAGAUGUUUUACCACCUUAUUCAGUCCAAUGGAUUGGAGAGCAUUAUGAAAGAAUAUGGUCUAUGCUUGCAAGACGACCUAAAAUUUAUUGAGGAACAGAUUGCUGGCCCUUUAACUUCUGAAGCAGAUGUAUUCAACUGUAGUCAGAAUAGUUCCUCAUCUCGGGAGUGGCCUUACCAAGGUCGAACCGAAGAAAAAAGCUUCCUGUAUGAGAUUGUGGCUAACAAAAGAAAUGGCAUUGAUGUGGAUAAAUGGGACUACUUUGCCAGGGACUGCCAUCACCUGGGUAUUCAAAACAAUUUUGAUCAUAAGCGAUAUCUCAAGUUUGUCAGAGUCUGUAAGGUCGACAACAAGAAGCAUAUAUGUACACGGGAGAAGGAGGUUGGGAACCUGUACGAUAUGUUUCACACACGGAACUGUCUUCACCGGAGGGCGUACCAACACAAAGUUAGCAAUAUCAUUGAGACAAUGAUUACAGAUGCCUUCAUAAAAGCAGAUCCAUAUAUCAAGAUAGAAGGGUUGAAAGGCAAGACCUUUACCAUCUCUGAAUCUGUAGAAGACAUGGUGGCAUACACCAAGCUCACAGACAACAUUUUCCAACAGAUCUUGUACUCCAGCGACCCCAAUCUUGAAGAAGCCAGAGAGAUUCUGCAGAAAGUGGAGCGCAGGGAGCUGUAUAAAUAUGUGGGACAGACACAGCCCAACAGUAGCAACAGAAUACAACUGGAGGAAUAUGACCAAUUAGCAACUGAACUGGCAGAAUCCAUUCCUGUAUCUACUACCACAGACAUCAAACUCAAAGAAGAUGAUUUUAUAGUAGAUGUGAUUCAUAUGGACUAUGGAAUGAAAGAGCAGAAUCCAAUCAACAAUGUGCGGUUUUACUGUAAGUCUGAUCCAGACAUGGCAAUAAAAAUCACUAAACAACAGGUGUCUCAGCUUUUGCCAGAGAAGUUUGCUGAACAGAUAAUCCGUGUUUACUGUAAGAGGAUGGACGAGAAGAGCCUGGAGGCUGCCAAGAGAUAUUUUGUGCAAUGGUGCAUGGACCGAGAUUUCUCCAAACCUCAGGAUGGUGAUGUAGUAGCUCCAGAUAUGACUCCGCUGAAGGAAAGCUGGCGUGAUAAAGAGGACGAAAGUGAAGAUCAGCAACAUGUGGAGUCUCUGCAAAAGUCCAGAACCAAGCUUGUUGAUCGAUUCAACAGUUCAUAG